UCCGGAGGGGUGUGGAGGCGGCGCGAUAGGGGAAUCCGCGUCUGCGUCACUGAGUCGGGUGGAGGUGUGGGGGACUUCGAAAGAGGCCUGGGGUCCCUGGCCCCGGAGGUCUGGGCACGGCCGAGGGGGCCUUGCUACCCUCUUUCCCCGUGUUUUUCCAGGGCCUGGGCAAGCUCCGCGCGUGUCUGUAGGCGGCGGAAACGGCUGCGGGGACUGUCUCCCUGUAAAGGAGCCUAAUUCUCGCCCGUGAUGUCCGGGGGCUUCGAGUUGCAGCCGCAGGACGGGGGCCCCCGGGUGGCCCUGGCGCCCGGGGAGACCGUGAUCGGCCGCGGGCCGCUCCUAGGAAUAACCGACAAGAGAGUAUCCAGAAGACAUGCCAUUCUUGAGGUCGUGGGUGGUCAGCUUCGUAUCAAACCGAUACACACAAAUCCAUGUUUUUAUCAGUCUUCUGAGAAGUGUCAGCUUUUACCAUUGAAGACAAAUCUAUGGCACUGGUUGAAUCCUGGAGAUAGUUUCUCUUUGUUGGUUGACAAAUACGCUUUCCAUGUUUUAUCUACACAGUCUGAAGUGGAUAUGGAAUGUACUUUAAGAAACAGUCAGAUGCUUGAUGAAGAUGACAUAUUGAAUGAAACACCAGAAUGCCCUGUGAUUAAUGUAUCAGAUGAGACUGGUGCCUUGCAGCUGGCAAGAAGCACAGAAAUAACCAAGCCCCAGACUACUACUACUAUAGACAGUGUGUCUUUUCUAGGUCAAAGUAGAGAAUUCAGUAAGCAGCAGCCAAAUCUUGCUGAGAGGAAAAGAAUCCUUCCAGCUUGGAUGUUAGAAAAUUUAAAUGAUCAGAACCUUUCAGCAGCAGUCAUCAGUGAAAGUAAUAAUGUAAUCCAGGGAAGUGGAAAAGAAGAAAAUUGCAAAGAUAAAAGCCAAGUAAAUACAAUUCAGCAAGGACGAAAGCGAUUAAUUUCACCAGGAAGUUCAGAAAGUACAUCAGCAGAACAAGAAGCAGGGAAAAAAUCCAAAAAUGCUAAUCAAGAAGAAUCUGUCAUUUCAUCCAAGGAAAUGCCACAAUCAGCUUCUUCAAUUACUCUAAGUAACACAGAAAUGAAUAAUAUGAAGACUAAUACACAAAGAAGUGAAAUUACAAUAGAGGAACUUGAUAAGGUUUCUGAAUGUAAAAUCAUCACUAAAGGCACACCAAGUAAAGACGAUGGAGUAGUAAGCUGUUCUGAGAGUUGUUCAAGUGCCCAAGACAAGUCAUUCUGGGAUAAGGCUCAAGGAUCUCAUCCUGAGUCUAGUUCUGAUUGCUCCAAGUCUGAAACUUUGCAUGCAAAGUCAACUGAUUCAGUUCUGCAAGGAUCUAAAGAAAACCAGGUCAAGAGGACAUCCUGUAUAUAUGGUGCUAACUGCUACAGGAAGAAUCCCAUCCAUUUUCAACACUUCAGCCACCCUGGUGACAGUGAUUAUGGAGGUGUACAAGUCAGGAGCCAAGAUGAGACUGAUGACCGGCCUGAAUGUCCCUAUGGAGCAGCCUGUUAUAGGAAGAAUCCCCAGCACAAGAUAGAAUAUAGACAUAGUACACUUCCAGUGAGAAAUAUUUCAGAAGAAGAUAAUGAUGAUGUUGGGCACCCCGAUGAGUAUGACCAGAAUGACAGCUUCAUAGAUGAUGAGGAAGAAUAUGAGCCAACAGACGAAGAUUCUGAAUGGGAACCAGAAAAGGAAGACCAAGAGGAGGAGGAUGUGGAGGAGCUUGUGAAAGAAGCAAAAAAGUUUAUGAAAAGGAAAAAGUAACUCUUUCCUGCAAGAAUAUAUGGCUCACAUUUACUUUUUCUUUGUGAGAAAAAAUUUAGGGACUAAGGGGGUACUCACACAGUAUUUUUUUCCUUCUUUUGAUAGUUAUAACUUUUACUAUUGACAUUGCAAAGGAAACCAUGAAACUUCAGCCCUCAGUAUAGUAGGAACUUACUAUACUGAAAAAAGUGGAACUUACUUUGUUGCAGGCCUUUUCUGUUUAAAGCAUAUGGACUUAGGAAGAAGACAGAUAAGUUAAAACAUAACAAUUGAUAUUUUUCAUAUAGUAUGUUGGUAAUAAAAAGUA